CCGCCCACUGCUGAAAACCCAGCAGUAGCGUCAUCGCUGUGCGUUCCGCUAUUCUACUUUAAUCUGCGCUCCCAUCCCCCCGUUAUGUGUCUUAAUCGGAUAUGGACCAACGAAACGGCCACCCUGGGGUGUUUAUUCGCUGACUUUUCAUAUUAAAUACGGUUGUAUUUCGGCCUCGUCCUAGUAGGGACUGGGACGUCAUCUCCUCAGCACGCCCCUCGGAGAAAUCUGCAGUGAGGUUUUCCCCUCCCUGACAUCAUCAUCAUCAUCCUCCUCAUCCUCGGCGGCUUAGCGACUGCUUUGUCAGCCGUGUUGCACAAGUUCCCCCCUUCCUCCUCCAUCACCACCUCCUCCUCCUCCUCGGACUUCAGACCCAAGUUGGCUGAUCUGAUCACGGCGUCUUAUCGCCGAUCAGCGCGUCUCUGCGGCUAUAAGUUCUCUGGACCUUCAUCAGGGGCCUCUUGGGUUCGCUUGACUUCUGGCCAACACGAAGAUGACGCUGAAGUCCAAUAAGAACGAGCCGACGGUGACCCUGGAGCCGAUCCCGGGGGUCCGCACGGCGCUGUCCGACCUGUACCUGGAGCAGCUGCUGCACAACAGACCCGAGAAGGCUGUAAUGCAGACGUCUGACCUCCAGGGGGCAGCAGUGUACACCAACGGAAGCUCCGCCAUCAACGGACCAGAGAUGAGCAGGAUGAGGGAGGUGGCGUUCGAGAAGAACCCGUCGGAGCCCAUGGGCGUGACUCUGAAGCUGAACGAGAAACAGAAGUGUACCGUCGCCCGGAUCCUCCACGGAGGCAUGAUCCACCGGCAAGGAUCUCUUCACGAAGGCGAUGAGAUCGCUGAGAUCAACGGCAGGAGUGUGGACAGCCAGUCGGUGGACCAGCUGCAGAAGAUCCUGAAGGAGACGAGUGGCGUGGUGAAGAUGAAGGUCAUCCCCAACCUGCACGGACGCUCACGGGCCUGUGAGAUAUACAUGCGGGCCCAGUUCAACUAUGACCCCGCCAAGGACGACCUCAUCCCGUGCAAGGAGGCGGGGCUUAAGUUCCAGACGGGCGCCAUCAUCCAGAUCAUCAACACACAGGACCCAAACUGGUGGCAAGGCCGCGUGGAGAGCUGCUCCGCCUCCUACGCCGGCCUCAUCCCCUCCCCCGACCUCCAGGAGUGGCGGGCGGCCAGUAAGAGCCAGGCCACGCAGGGCAGCCCCUCCUGCGGUCUGUUCUCCAAGAAGAAGAAGUGUAAAGACAAGUACCUGGCCAAGCACAGCUCCAUUUUCGACCAGCUGGACGUGAUCUCCUACGAGGAGGUGGUCCGGCUGCCCGCCUUCAAGAGGAAAACCUUGGUCCUCAUUGGAGCCCCUGGAGUAGGGAGGAGCCACAUCAAGAACGCCCUGCUGUCGCGGUUCCCCGAGCGGUUCGCCUACCCCGCACCACACACCACCAGGCCCCCGCGGAAGGACGAGGCCAGCGGGGAGGAGUACCACUUCAUCUCCAACGACGUCAUGACCAAGAGCAUCUCGUCCAAUCAGCUGCUGGAGUACGGCAGCUUCCAGGGCUUCAUGUUCGGCACCAAGAUCGAGACCAUCCAGAAGAUCCACGAGCAAGGCUGCAUCGCCCUGCUGGACGUGGAGCCCCAGACGUUGAAGCUGGUCAGGACAGCAGAGUACGCACCUCUGGUGAUUUUCAUCGCUCCCACCGACACGUCUGCUCAGACGGAAUCCCUGCAGCUCAUCCAGAAGGAGUCCGACGCCAUCUUGGCCACUUAUGGCCACUUCUUCGAUGAGAUCCUCGUCAACAACGACGUGGACGAGAGCGUGAAGGGGGUGGAGGAGGCCCUCGAGCGCGCCACCUCCACCCCGCAGUGGGUCCCGGUCUCCUGGGUGUACUGAUGUCUCUCAUGGGGGGGGGGGGGGGGACCUGGGGAGGACACCCCACCGUCAAGACGUUAGGGACACCUGUGGAUAUACUUUGAGGUAUUGUUGUCGUCACUGAGAUUUUAUCUUUUUUAUUUUUGUUUCACAAACGCAUCCAAAAAAUAGCAAUAGUUAAAUAGUGGUAGAUAUUUUUGAAGAAUAAUAAAUACUAAACAAGCGAAGGCCAGGCGGAGAGGGCUUUGGCUCAGCGAGCCGUCCUCCAUGUUCCGUCUGAAUACGACCACAACUGUGAACUGAAUCCCCUAGCGGGGUUUUAUCAAAUGUUUCUCUCACUUUAGUCAUUUCUCUCGUCUGUUUUCCUGUCCCCCUCGUCAAACGUUCCGUGAAUGACCGGGAUGAUGUCGCGUCAUGGUGUGUCCUGUUUUGUCGUUGAAAGCCAGCACUCUGAAGGCACUUUUAAAGGGCCGCUGACCACCGGGAAACACGUGGAUCCAUUGCAAGCCCUUCCAAAACGGUUCCACCUUUGACCUCACAGGUGGGAGUGUUCAACCACGGAGAGAGGAGCUGUAGUCAGCGGUCAAUGUCUCGUCAAACAUCUGGGCGAUCCCACUUGUGAUGUCAUAAAUGUAGGCAUUUUGAAACGGCUUGUUUCAGGAUCUACUAAUCAACCUCACGCCAGGUGGCAAAUAGGGGACCUUUAACACAGAUUAAAUCCAAAUCAUGUCUCUAAAUUAGCUCUAAAUAUACUAUACCGAACAACAAACAAGGAUGAUAUGUCUUAAUACCACUGAUUUAGCCAAUUUCCACAUGAUGAAUUAAAAACCCAGCAAUACAGCGGGCACUAAGUGUAAUUAGCAAAAACUGAUGGUGCCUCGAUGCCUCGUACCUCCUCUCUCGACCCGCCUGAUGUGGUUCUGGAGCUCUCUCGUUAGCCAAUGCUAGCUGUGACACGCUAGUGGAUGCAGAUCAUCCACUAGCGCUGGUUAGCAUUGCAUGAAACAAA